AGGAUCUUAAAAACUGUACAGAAUUUCAAGAUGAGCGAUACUUCUGAAGCGAUUCCAAAUUUUGAAGAGAUGUUUACAAACAGAUUCACACAAGACGACAAAGAGUACCAGGAAUACUUGAAACGUCCCCCUGAGUCCCCUCCAAUUGUUGAGGAGUGGAAUAGCAGAGGUGGCGGUAACCAGAGAAAUAGGGGCAACUGGCUGCAAGAUAACAGACAGUUUAGAGGUCGGGAUAACAGACGAGGGUGGCCAAGUGACAAUCGAUCAAACCAGUGGCAUGGACGGUCAUGGGGUAACAACUACCCACAGCAGAGACAAGAGCCUUACUACCAACAACAGUACGGACAAUAUGGCCCCAACCAGCGGCCUCCAUAUGGUUACUACUGACAGAAACGAAGCGGCUUUAACAAAAGGUCAUUCAUUUGAUAAUGUGCUAAAUGUUCGUUUGUCUUCUUUUGGUCAUAGUUUUUCAUUCUAUUUUACAGAAUGGGUUGUUAAUUGUCUUGAACUUGACUUGAAAAUAAAUUGAUCUUGCUAGAGGUGUGACAAUUG